AUGCAACAUGUGUUCUCAAAAAUUAAACAAACAAACACGGAGAAAAAGCGAGAGAAAUUAUUGAGAAGCGCUGAGUAUCACAAGCCGAAAAAGAACGAGCCUGAAUUCGAAAAUUCAACAGUUCCAGAAAAAAACAAUAAUGACUUCUCGUCAUUCGUUCAGCCACACCAAAUUGAACGAGCGCCUCUAUUUGACGCUUUACAGGCAUUGAAGGAAAAGAAAAAGGGAGAUGCAAACUCUGAACAAUCAUCACCAAGCUCAACCAACACCUCUGACACUCCUCUCAUAAAAAAGCCUGCCAAAUAUGUGUUUAAAAAACAUUUCAGACAAACGAGACAUCCUGCUGUAGAGCGAAACGAUAUGGAUGAAAGAUGGACUAAAUAUGUGACCGAAUUCGACAAGUGUUCUCCAGAAAUAAUUCGAAAAAAUACUUCUCCAAUAGAAGUUGAAAUUUCCAAGCUGAGUGAGGAAGAGGAAGUUUUUGUAUUCUCGAAAGGAUACUCAAGUUGGAUAAAUCCAGAUCACAAACAAAAAAACAUGGUAAAUCCAGUUGGAGAUAUUUCUCGGUUUAAGACCAUUAAGCGACCUUUUGAGCCAUCUUCUUCUCCUACCAUUGAAGAAAAACUUGGACUAGUUGACAAUACAAAAUCUAUUGUUGGAGAGAAUCCUCUAAAUACUCUUCAGAGAAUUACGGAUACAGAUGGUAGUGAUGGAUUUGACAUGAUUACCUUCAGUGGUCAGCCAAUCAAAGAUGCAGAUAUCUAUAAAAGCUAUCUCCAACAAGACAUUCAAGACUUGGAGCUAGAUAUUGAUGAAAUUGAAAAACUUGCCGCACUGGAAGAAGAUGCAAAGGACAAGGCAACGGAAAGAGCUCUUCUUGGAGGCUCUAAAGAAGGUGAUAAUGAUGACGAUGGUGUGGUCCUCUCUUCCGAUGAUAACCAAACUGACGAUCCAUUCUCAGAGGUGGAAACCUUGAAGAAACUGUCUCACCCUAAAAAUCGAAUAUUUUAA